AUGCCACCUCGUCUCACACCCAAGGGUUUCUCAACUUUUGUUGCAUUCAACUCUUGUGCGCGGAAAACGCUAGGGAAUCCGUCUCGUUCACUCUCAGUUCACCGGCCAGGAUGUCUGCAACGACAUCCUUUGCCUUCCCCGUCCAAACGCGUCGGUGACAAGCGCUCAAUACAUGCCACGGCACCGUCUCGUGCAGUAGCGAAGAAUCCCUACGAGGUGCUGGGUGUGAAACCAGACGCAACGGCUGCCGAAAUCAAGAAGACAUACUUUUCACUGGCACGCAAAUACCAUCCAGACACUAAUUCAGACAAAGGAGCUCGGGAAAAGUUCGUGGAGAUCCAGGAGGCCUAUGAUAUCCUCAAAGACGAGAAGAAAAGGGCAGCCUAUGACCAGUAUGGUUCCGCGUCUCAAUCACCUGGAUUUGACCCGAAUGCUUUCGCCGGCUUUGGACGAGGGCAAGGGUUCCCAGGGUUUGCUGGAGGGUUUGCUGGCGGGAAUUUCGGUGGCAGUUCCAGACGUGCGUCUGGAGAUCUAUUCGAGCAGCUGUUCAAUUCGUUUGCUGGACAAGGCGGGCCUAGGGCUGGUCCUCGAGGAAAUGUCAGAGGUGACGACAUCGAAGCCAGCUUAAGUAUCAACUUCCUCGAGGCCUGUAAAGGGACGAAGAAGAAGGUCACCAUCACUCCAGUAACCGACUGUGGCACUUGCUCUGCUUCUGGUCUGAAACCCGGCGUGGAACGAACUACCUGUAGCACUUGCAAAGGCACCGGCUCUCGAACUUUCGUCAUUGACAGCGGCUUCCAGAUGUCAAGUACUUGUAAUGCUUGUGACGGAGUAGGAAGUACCGUUCCUCGCGGGGGAGAGUGCGGCAGUUGUGGAGGGGCUGGAAAAGUUCGGACGAAGCAAACAGUCCAGGUCAAUAUCCCAGUUGGCGCGGAGGAUGGAAUGGCUAUUCGUAUACCAAAUGCUGGAGACGCCCCCUUGAUGGGCAAGGGGCCGAAAGGAGACCUUUACAUUCGGCUAAACGUCACACCUUCCAAUCUCUUCACUCGGCAAGGUGGAAAUCUAUACUAUCAGGCCAGGAUACCGUUCCACAGAGCACUCCUCGGCGGAAUCGUUCGUGUACCCACUCUGGAUGGCGAGGUUGAUGUCCGUAUCCCCGGGGGUACUCAACAAGGCGAAGAAAUGGUGCUGAAAGGACGAGGUGUUUCCUAUCUACACGGAGGUGGAAACGGAGACCUCUUCGUAAAAUUCGCCCUUCAAAUUCCCCGGAGCUUGACUAAACGCCAAAGAGAACUGCUGGAGGCUUACGCGGAUGAUGUGGAGAAACGGGCACCUGGUGGCAAGUCGGCGAAGGACCCGAAAAGCGAACCUCUAUCUGUUGAUAACGAUUCGCGUGACGUGCCGCGGCCAGAAGAGGGCGGCGAGAAGACGAAGGAAGAGAAGCGGGCGACGGGUUGA